AUGCGUGUUUCCAAGGUUUCCGCCGCGACUGUGCUCGCUUCGACCGUCUCCGUCAAUGCGAUCCCCAUCCCCUGUCUCCUUCCCUUCCUGAGCGGCGCUGGUAGCCUCUUCGGAAACUCGGGUCUGGGUGCCAGCUUGGGCGGCAGCGGCAGUGCUGAUUUGGGCGCCAGCCUGGGUGCCGGUGCCAGCGGCAGCGGCAGCGGAAGUGCCGGUCUGGGUGCUGGGCUCGGAGGAAACGCGGCUGCCAGCCUUGGUGCGAACGCUGGUCUGGGCGCUGGUCUGGGUGCCGGCCUGAGCGGUCUCUUCGGUGGCAGCGGUAGCGGUAGUGCUAGUGCCACCGGCAGCGGCAGCGCUGAUCUGGGAGCCGGAGCUGAUCUGGGCGCGAACGCCGGUCUGGGUGCCAACGCCGGUCUUGGUGCUGGCGCCAGCCUUGGUGCUGGUGCUGGUCUCGGCGCCGGUGCCGCUGCUACUCCCUCUGCUGGUCUGGGUGCUGGUGCUGGCCUUGGUGCCAACGCUGGCCUUGGCGCUAGUGCUGGCCUCGGUGGUAGCGCCGGUCUGGGUGCUGGUGCCGAUCUUGGCGCUGGUGCCUCUGGUGGUGCCUCUGGCGGUGCCUCCGGCGGUGCUUCUGGCAGCGCUGGUCUGGGUGCUGGAGCUGAUCUCGGUGCCAGCGCCGGUCUGGGCGCGGGUGCUAGCCUUGGUGCUGGCGCUGGUCUCGGUGCCGGUGCCGCUGCUACCCCCUCCGCUGGCCUGGGUGCCGGUGCCGGCCUCGGUGGAAGCGCUGGUCUUAGCGGUAGUGCUGGUCUCGGUGGCAGCGCCGGUCUCGGUGGCGGUGCCGGUCUCGGUGGCUCUGGUGAUGUUUCCGGCAGCGGCAGCGGCAGCGCUGGUGCUACUCCUACUGGUGACGUUGGUGUUUCCCCUGUUGCAACUGGAGCUGCUGGUGGUAGCGGCGAUGUUUCUGGUGGUGCCUCUGGCGAUCUCUCUGGCAGCGGUGGUGUCUCUGGCGGUGCUUCGGGCGGUGCUUCGGGCGGUCUUUCCGGCGGUGCCUCCGGCGAUGUUUCUGGCAGCGGCAGCGGCAGCGGUGACGUUUCCGGUGGUGCUUCCGGUGGUGCUUCGGGCGAUCUCUCCGGCAGUGGCAGCGGUGAUGUUUCCGGCGGUGCUUCCGGCGACCUCUCUGGCAGCGGCGGUGUUUCUGGCGGUGCUUCUGGCGGUGCUUCCGGCGGUGUCUCCGGCGGUGCUUCUGGUGAUCUCUCUGGCAGCGGCGGUGCCUCUGGCGGUGCUUCCGGCGGUGCUACCCCUACUGUUGUCGCUGGCCCCAGCGGCACUACUGUCUCGUUCGGCACUACCACCAGCGUCUCCCUUCCCGGCGGUGGUCUCACGGCUGGUGUCUCGGGCAGCGGCAGCGUCAGCGGCAGCGGCAGCGGUGAUGCUGGCGUAGGUGCUGAUACCGGAGCUGACACUGGUGCGGGUGCUGACACCGGGGCAGGCGCAGGUGGUGAUGCAGGACUCGACGCGGGAGCUGGCGGCGACGCCAGCGCCGAUGCUAACGCCAGCGCUACUGCCGAUGCUUCGGCUGAUGGAGAUGCUGAUGCCAAUGCUGAUGCUGACGCCACCGCUACUGGUGGCGGUUCUGCCACUGCUAACGCUAAUGCGGAGGCUUCUGGCUCGGGACACGCCAGUGCUAACGCCUCUGCCAACGCCUCGGCCAUCAAUUCCACACCUGUCGAUGCGACAAACAACAACUACAACUACUACCCCACUCUGCAUCAUCGACCCUCAUCGUGAUCCCUCUUUGGCAUGAAACUCACUCCCUUUUGAAGUGGUUUGGAGGAUGAUGAAUCAGGACAUUUUUGCUUAUAGUCAUUCGUUUAUAAUUGUGUUUUGAUCAUGAGACUGUCUAAUAUCGACAUGUUAUUUUAGCUAGGAAAAGCUGCUCUAAUCUCUUGCUACAGCAAUGCACAC